CCCAGCAGUUCUUUCUUGUCAUUUUGUGUCGCCAUUAGCCACAUAGUCCAAGUGCAAGUCAGGUUAAAUCUGAAUAUAUUAUUUUAAAAAUAGCGAUGUCGAAAGGCGGAUUUAUAUGUUUAUAACUUUACAAAUAAACGUGUAUCAGUAAUUAGUCGUUUUAAUGCACUGAGAAGAAGCUAACAUUAUUAACGAUUUAGCUAGCUAGUUAGCUAGCAAAGGUUAGCAAGGUGCUAACCGCUUGUCUCCUAACAGUAGCGGAACUAGCUGCUUGUACGAGUCAGCAAGCUAACUUGGUGCUGGUGCUGCAGACCCGGCUGCUUCGGUCACUGCCCGGCUGUGAUAUAACUUGGUUAUACUCGUGCAUUUGCAUUCAGUAGAAGAACCCGUAGUUUGGAUUUUAAGUUCACUUUCGAUAAAGUUGCAAGCUUGCUAGCUAACAUUGGCUAUGGUAGUUGGCUUGCUUGGCAAGUUUCUUUGCUUAGAGUAGUUUAGUGGGCAAGCUAACGUUAGUCUGCCAGCCAAACACAUUAGCCAACAGCAAGCAGCGUGGCCUGAAUAUCAAAUACAAGCUCGUGGAUUGACAGAGUAUUCUAAAAGUAAUACGUAGCUCCCAGCCUGUUAUUUGAUCAGUUUGGAUAAAAUCGUGCCUGUGUUGGAUUUUUGUUGAUGGUGGACUACUCCGAAUGUUAAGAAGACUUUUCGUUUCCGGCGGAGCUGGCUUGACACCGCUCAUCUUCAACUAAGUUCUCUGCCACCCACCCGUGGUGAGAGUGUGCAGGACUUGACUUGGAUAUUUGAAUUUCUGAGUGGAGUUUGGACAGAGCACUAUGUCCGAGGGUGAGGGAAAACCCACGCAGGGCACUGCCCCAGCAUCAGCGCUGGACACCAAGCCCGAGUCCGUGGCCUCUGCCCCCAGCGCCAGUCAGGUCUCGCCCCCGGUCUCCACGGUGAAUCAGGGCCCACCUGCAGCUGCCACAGAAGACGAGGAAGAGGAGAGUGAGGAUGAAUCUGAGAUCCUGGAGGAAAGCCCCUGUGGCCGCUGGCAAAAGCGCAGGGAGGAGGUGAAUCAGCGCAACGUUCCUGGCAUUGACAACGCCUACCUGGCUAUGGACACUGAAGAGGGCGUGGAGGUGGUAUGGAAUGAGGUCAUGUUUUCCGAGAGGAAGAACUUCAAACUGCAGGAGGAGAAAGUGAAAGCGGUGUUUGACAACCUGAUCCAGCUGGAGCAUCUGAAUAUCGUAAAGUUCCACAAGUACUGGGCUGAUGUGAAGGAGAACCGAGCUCGGGUCAUCUUCAUCACAGAGUACAUGUCCUCAGGGAGCCUCAAACAGUUCCUCAAGAAGACCAAGAAGAAUCACAAGACCAUGAACGAGAAGGCCUGGAAGCGGUGGUGCACCCAAAUCUUGUCUGCCCUCAGUUACCUGCACUCAUGUGACCCUCCCAUUAUCCAUGGCAACUUGACCUGUGACACCAUCUUCAUCCAGCACAACGGUCUCAUUAAGAUCGGAUCAGUGGCCCCUGACACAAUCAACAACCAUGUGAAGACGUGUCGAGAGGAGCAGAAGAGCUUGCAUUUCUUUGCUCCAGAAUAUGGAGCGGUUGCUGAUGUCACCACAGCUGUCGACAUCUAUUCCUUUGGAAUGUGCGCCUUAGAGAUGGCUGUGCUGGAGAUCCAAAGCAACGGGGAGUCGUCUUACGUCUCGCAAGACGCCAUCAACAGUGCCAUUCAGUCCUUGGAGGACCCACUGCAACGGGAAUUCAUCCAGAAGUGUCUGGAGAUGGACCCUGCUAAGAGGCCUACAGCACGCGAGCUGCUCUUCCAUCAGGCUCUGUUCGAAGUGCCUCUGCUGAAGCUGCUCGCCGCACACUGCAUCGUCAGCCACCAACACAUGAUCCCUGAGAACGCUUUAGAGGAGAUGACCAAGAACAUGGACCUUAACCUGGUCAUUGUGGAGAGCAGUCCUUUAUCUGUCCAGUUAAAGCUUUCCCAGUUUCCUGCCUUGGAGUUGGAUAAGUUCCUGGAAGAUGUGAGGAAUGGCAUCUACCCCCUGACGGCGUUCGGAGUGCCCUGCCCUCAGCAGCCCCAACAAGAGACAGUCAAGUCCCCCAUCGUACCCCCGUCGGUCAAGACCCCAACGCCCGAGCCUGCCGAGCUGGAGACCAGAAAGGUCCUACAGAUGCAGUGCAAUAUUGAGCCAGUGGAGGAAGGAGCCAAGCAUCAUUUGACCCUGUUGCUAAAACUGGAGGACAAGCUGAACAGGCAUUUAAGUUGUGACUUAUUACCACAUGAAAAUGUGCAGGAGCUCGCCGUGGAGUUGGUUCAGCUUGGCUUCAUUAGUGAGGGGGAUCAGUUGCGUCUCGCCUCCGUGCUGGAAGAAGCCUUCAGUAAAUUCUACAGUCGCAACGGCUCCCUGAACCCCGUCACUGUGUCCUCGUAGCAGAAGGGGCCUGUUAAAGACGCCCAGCUGCCCACCCUCCCUUCCCGUUGCCCUAGUCCACCUAUCCUCCAUGAGCCCUUCCAAUAUCGCCUCUCGCUGCAAGCCUCCAGCCCACCCAGGAGGAAGGACACCGGCAUGCUCCAUCGCCCCAUUGGAUUAUGGGAGAAAUUGCUUUGCAGGGGGGGGGGCUUCAGGGGUGGGGGAAGCCACUCGUCAUGUGUGUGUGUUUACACCCCACCCCCGUGAGUGCAUGACACCCCCGCCCAUGAUGGCAUGAUGUCUUUCUGCGGCUGUAGAUCAGGACAGGGAAGGGAAAGGAGAGGAGGAGGAGGAGGGGGGUUUGGGUCCUUUUAUACGUUUGUUAUAUAUCUGUCAGUGUAGCUGUCCGCUUCUCUGUUUUAAAAGAAGAAAGCACCUUGGUUCUUAUUUAAAGUCAGUAUUACUUAUUGCUCUUUUUUGGACACAUGUUUUUUGACUUCUGAUAUCUUAUGGGAAUAGAUUUUUUUUUUGCAGAGUUGCUUUGAGUUGUGGGUUGCGUGCACCAUGCAAAUCACUCUCAAGUCCGCUCUCUCACUGUCGGUAACCGUGUGUGCAUGGUGUCAAAAAUGAACCAAGUAGUGAUCAAUCUGCAGUCCACUUCUCACACUCGUUCCCUACCUGAUUCUGCAAUGAGGAGUCAGUGUUAUUACUAUUUUUUUUUUUUCUUCCUUACAUAAUGCCCUAUCAGAGAGGCUUAAUUACCCUUCUUUUGGUGGGGGCUAAAAAAAAGAAAUUCCUGUGGUUGUAAUCAGACUGAACGGGAGAGAAGGAAAGAGAGAAAUGCUGAGAUAAAGGCGGUUUAUUUAUCUAUGUAGUCAUCAUAAGUGUUUUUUUUUUUUGUUUGUUUUUUUUUCACUUUUCAGCACUAUGUGGCUGUUUGUAUUUGAUUUGUAUUUGUUUGUAUUUUUUUCUAAUGUUAUGCUAUCUGUUACCGUAUAACGUUUCAUCUAAGUACAGUUUGAGCACAAGACCUGACUUGUUCCCCCUUUUGUCGGCAAGUUUACACCUUGCGUGUUUCUGUGCCUUCUAAGAUUUAAAAAAAACAACAAAAAAAACAGCCACCACUCCUAAUUCUACAUUCUUAACUGACUUAUUAGCAACCAUCUUGAAAUUGACUGUAUGCAAAAACGCGUUGACAUCUGCCAUCCACCUUAGGGCCUCUGAGUAGCCAGUACCUUAUGUGAAAAAAAAAAAGGUUUUCUAUCUAUAACAAACAUGCAUGCAUAUAGUACAUUUACCUUUGAUUUCACAGAUUGGUUAAUAAAAAAAUAGCCUCUUCCAAGUUGAACUAGAGGCAGGUACAAUGUUUUCUUGUGACCGGAAAGAGGCCUUUUGUUUGCUCUUGGUUCUCAGACAGAUAAAGGUGUUGGUUGUGGGUUGCAAGUGUCAUGCAUGCCCCAGUCACUGGGCGUUAUAUGAUAUCAACUGACGUCUUAUUGAAGGCUUCCACAAUAACACCCUGGCUUCAUAGGCUGCAAGACAUGCUCUUUGCUGGAAGAUCCAACUAGCUGCUAGUCUGCACUACUGUACUCUGUAAUUGUUAAGUGGAUAUAUUACUGUUUAAUGCCCUUAAAGGAGAGAGGGUUUACCUUCAAAUUAACAUUUCCGCUCACCUGGUUUGAUGGUAGGAAUUAGGUUUUAUAUUUCUGUGGAAAAAAAGAGCAGUUGACUAGUAGAAUGGCCAGGCUGUUCAUUUCUGUAUUUUACCAUCGGGAAGUAGUCCAGGUGUUUUGAAAUAGGAUGGAUGAAUAACAAAAAUCUUCCAAAUUAUUAACCUUAAUGGACUAAAAUUAUUUCAGUGACUGUGGGGAUCAGCCCAGAACUUCAACUAGGCUAAUGUCCUAACAUAUUCCCCUCAGAUGAUGCAAUCAAACAUUUUCUGCCUUCAAGUAAUGGGCUGUGAAAUUGAAAACCGUAAUAUUUCAUCCUAAUGAACUUGUCUAGUUACCGUGUAACCAGUGAAAUAAAUGGUCUGCCACACACAAAACACUGGCUUCAGAAGAAGUUUAUGUCUGGAGACCAUGACAUGCUUUUCCUAGAUUUGUUCUUUGUGGCCAGGAGAAGACCUGGAGGUCAUUGUCCAUUGUUAUCAAACGGAAAUGAGCUGACCAGUCUACAAGUGAGCCUCUUGCUCCAUUUUGUGGAAAGGGCAACCUGAGGGGUUUCAAAUGUUGGAAGAGUUUGUAGAAGCCAGUUUUCCUUUCAGGUGAAAUGCCUCGACAUAAGAAGGUACAAAAUGCACAAGAUCAAUUUGUUAGGCCCUAUUGAUACACAAGCCAACGGUUCCUUGAACAUAAGGAGGAAGGCGACAGACAGAGUUUUAACCAAAACCCACAUGAGUUCCCUCAAACCUGAAUGAACAUGCACAUAGGAUUCAUGAGAGCAUCCUGUAGAUCUGCAAUCUCCUAUGAUCAGAUUGGUCAAGGAGCUCUUUUUAAAAAAUCCUGAUUCUCUUCGCUGGUUUUCUGCAAUGUCUCUCAAUGUACAGUUGAAGUAUGUCAACCUACAUCACGCUGGGCAUAGCUUCAAAACCGCAUUUGUAAACCGUUCUCUUUUUUUUUUUUUUUUUUCAAUUGAACUAUUUUUUCUUGAAAUAAAUGUGACACUUAGAGCACUUCCAUUAUUCACUUUG